UGACAACUACAGCUUGUGAGAUAGACAAUGUUAGUGUCUGGAACAUGAUAACCUGAGAGGUUGCCAUCAAUGUAAAGGCAGAUGAUUCUACUAUUCGAAGUACUUGGACACAGCUUCAUGGCUUUGGCAUUCAGGUCAAAUUGAACUCUCAGUAAUGCCAAUAUUACUUUGGAAUGAUAUAUGGGUUGUAUAAAGUGUCCUUUUCAGUAUUCUUUGAAUGAAAGUGCCCUCAUUCUUAUCAAAAUGGUCACUAGGAUUCCCAAUAUCUGGGUGAAUUGAGGAAGCCUUGAUAUAUAAACUUUGAUUAGCAACUUGUUACAGCUGCACCAACUGUUGAUGCUUCUAUUAGUUAUAACAAAGCUGGUCAGCAGCAGCCAAUCAGGUAUUUCAAUCCUGGUCAACUUUGCAAGUUGCAUGCUUGAUGACUGAUUAUUUGGUGGGCACGUAUUAAACUCAUGUUUUUGUGUUACUCUGUGGUAGUAUAUAAAUCAUCAAAAAUUUCAAGACCCACAUAAAGGAAAGAAAGCAUCAAACAUUUGGACAUUAGCCUUAGUUGUUACCAAUUAUUUUUCACAAAAGUUAAUCACUAAAAACAUCAGAUAUAUGAUAAUGUGGGCGCGGCCAUGAUAACCUGCUUGACUAAACUAAUUAGUGUUAGCGUAGCCAAGUGAAUAAAUGAUAGUGUGUGGGCACAAACUGACUGCCCUGCCCUGCCCUGAUUGUUGGAAUUAAGUGAAUAAAUCAGCUAUGGUGUGUGCAUACUACUUUUAGGAGCUAAUCAAUGAAAUUAGAAGAAACUGCCAAAACAGAGUCCUCCAAAAGGUCACCCUCUUCAUUGUGUAAGUGGGGCGGAUUAGAAGCCACUAGUUUGGAGACAACUCUAUUUAUCUACUGUGCACUUCGCCAUCUUGUGUGAAUUAAAUUUUACAUCCUACUGUGCACUUCGCCAUCUUGUGUGAAUUAAAUUUUACAUCUUUAUGCCUGAAUAAAUAUUGCGAUUGUGUGAAUACAACUCUUGAUUAUAUGCUUUUGACUUCAGUGUUUGGGCAUUUGUCCAUUUUGUGUGAAUUAAAUAAGAGUAUGAAUACAACCCAUACUUGGUCUUCACUUGUUUGUAUGGAGGAGGGUGUUCUGCGUGUAUGUAUGUCUUUCACCAUCUGAAGAAACACAAUUUCGAUGCUUAAUUGUUUUUAUAUAUUAAUUACAUUGUUGUGGUUUUUAAAUUUACUUCUCCUUUUACGUUUACUUAAAUAAAAUGUAUUUAUUAUACAUGCCACAUGCACAGAGACAUUAUUAUCCCACCACUCAUAAUUUUUUGUUUUGUUUAUCUGAAUAUAUAUAGAAGACAAAACCGUAUUUAAAAUGUCUUUUCCGUAGUAUAGUUGCUAUAGUAGAUUGAGAUGGAGAAAUACGCAGAAGACAAAAUCCUAGUUGGAAUUUCAAUCCCCCACGGACGCCCCCCCCUACCCCGUAUUCCUUACUUGUCAUAUUUUUAACUUAAGUUUACUACCCCCCACCCCCUAAAUUAAUAAUGGGUAUAGUUUCAAAUCCUAGGGGUGUGUGUGUAAUAAUAAUAACUAGAAGCAUCACAAGUUGGGCAUUGUGAGAUGGUCUUUUUCCUAUAAAUAUGAAGGCGGCUUUUCAUUAGCGCACGUAUGACCAUUCUUCAAACGGUAUUAUUCAUCACAGAAAUUCCCAGUAGCCCCUCUGUAUUACCCUCUCCCUCUCUCCCUCAUCUUCCAUCCAUUCAUACAUCAAUUCACACACACACACACACGCGACUAUAUAUAUAUAUAUGUGUGUGUAUAUAUAUAGCAGGAGCAGAAAGGGAUGAGCUUGAGCAGCGUGGAGGAUCGGCUGCCGGCGGGAUUCAGGUUCCACCCCAAAGAUGAGGAGCUGAUAUGUGAGUACCUUAACAAAUGGCUAGGUGGUUGUCCUCACCCCUUCCCUUCCUUGAUCCAAGUCGACCUCAAUAAGUGCGAGCCUUGGGACAUUCCUGAAGCUGCAUGUGUUGGAGGCAAGGAAUGGUACUUCUACACCCGGAGAGACAAAAAAUACGCGACCGGUGUGAGAACGAACCGGUCGACGCUAUACGGGUACUGGAAGGCAACCGGGAAGGACCGGCCGGUCCUUCAGAAGAAAACGGUUGUCGGAAUGCGAAAGACACUGGUGUUCUAUGAGGGCCGGGCUCCCAAAGGAUGGAAAACCGAUUGGGUUAUGCACGAGUUUCGCCAGCAUGGGCCCGGCCCGACGAAAGCAUCACAUCCUUGUAAGGAGGACUGGGUGCUAUGCAGGGUAUUCUUCAAAAGCAGGAGAGAAAUGAGCAAAAUUCCAACCAAACAAGGCGCUAGUGCAGGGCAAAGGCAAGAGGUGACGACAUCCCCAAGUUCUCCAUCGAUGCUCCCGGGACUAAUGGACCAAGCGUUCACGAUCCCAUACGAAGUCGCCUCUGAGCAAGUGCCCUGCUUCUCCAAUUUCAACCAAACAAGCCCUAACUUCUCUGAGCUCCUGGACCCGCCCCAAAUCUUCUUACAGUACCCAGCUCCUGCUCAUUCCACAACGACGAUGCAACAGCCUGCAGGAAUUGUUGAUAAUAUUGAGCUCAAUAAUAAUAAUAAUAAUAAUAAUAAUAAUUCCGUCGAAGCUUGUGGGAGUUCUGACAGUUACUUGUCAGAAGUGGUUCUGGCGUCCUCCAUCUGGAGUAACCAUUACCACCUUUGAUAUAAUAAUAAUAAUAAUAAAUAAUAAUAUUAUUAUUAUUAUUAAUAAUUUAAUAUCAUUCAUGCAUGCGAGGUUGAGGAUUUAGGGUUUAGUUAUAUAUUUGUGUGUAUAUAUAUAUAAAAGAUGUAUGUAUGAUGUGGGGUGUCGGCAGGGUAAGGUUACGGAUUACCGUGCAUGCAUUCUCGGUUUUCAAUUGUUACUAUCAUCUGCAGCGUAUAUAUCUGUUAAUAUUUUAAUUUGAUGUAAUUACUUUUCUAAUUU